AUGUCGGCGCUGUGGACAAUAUGGCAGUUGUAUUCCCAGCACCUCGUGUAUUACUCUGAAGAGGGCUGGGUGGCUAGUACAGCCCGCACGUUCCGGGUACUUGCCAUCCUGUGCAUUGUACCGGGGAUAUUCCUCACAAUACUCGAUAUGACAACAUAUGUGAUUGCGCGCACAUUGGGCGAUCCUACGGCGAGCACAUCUGCGCGUCAUAUACCGCUCCCACCUUCUCCGCCUCCCGAAAAGCUCGACGAACUCGUGAGCGACCCGAUGUCACCACCUCCCACAAUCGCUAUCACGCCCGCACCCUCAACGGGGAACGGCGCAGACUCAGGAGACGAAGACUACGCAUCGCGGUUAGCUGGCGUUGGAGUAUUCAGUGCACCGGGUAGCGCCCCCGGAAGCCCUAUCAUGGAGAGAAAGAGUUUGAUCAGUGCCGUUGAGCUGGAGAGGACAUUGACGGAAGUCAGGGAGGCGCAUGAACACGAGAACGAUAUGGUGGGAGGGGAGUCGAGUAAAGGAAAGGGCAAAGUGGGCGGGGAGGACGGGGAUGCCGGGGAUGCGUUAGGGGAGAGCUAUGCCAUGCUAGAACGCGACGAGAGCUGGGAGGACACAGGCGUACAGAUACGCCGGCGCAGGCCGGUCGCCGUCUCGUAG